AUGAUGACAUCUUCCAUUCAACUAGUGUCAUCAUUGUUAAUCUUAGCGAUAGUGUCAUCGCAAGAGCCCACAUACUACCAGAAACUUCAGGAGCUCUUCCAAAAAUCCGAUCUGAACAGGGACGCUUAUUUGGAGCGCUCAGAAUUGGGAGUUUUUGUUCGUCAUGCGAUUACCGUGGCAUUCCCACCAAGUCAACUGGAUGGGGAUACGAUCGAAACGGCGGUGAUUUUGGCCGACACAAUGUUUGAUGAGGCCGAUUCGAACAAUCUGGGGCAAUUGAGCUUCAAAGGUAAUCAAUUUUGGAACCCUUUUACAGGAUUUUUGGGGUACCCUUCAAUCGGAGCGGGUUUCAUUUGGGGCUCGGGCCAAUAUUUAUAUCUAAUGUUGCAAAAUUGGUUGACUAGCUGACCAAGGGGGUUACUCUGUGUUCACAGCGUAAGAGAGGGCGCUCAUGACCAAGCUAGCGAUCUAGGUCGUGACCAAGGCCAAGCUGGUUGCCCAAAAUUACCCGAAAAUGGUCUCAAUGCUUGACUAUGAUGGUCAAGACACUUUUAGGUCAGAUAGUCACCAAGCUCGCAACCUAGGUCGUGUGUUAGGUCACGAUUAAUCCCCAAAAUCCUCUAAAAAUAAUGCUACUAGUUGUUCCAGACGGUUUUGGCACUUCAGUUAGGUCAGGUCACAACCACACUGACUAUGGUCAUGACAUAAAUGAAGUGCCAAAAACCGUCUGGACCGACUAGUAACAUUAUUUUCAGAGGAUUUUGGACAUUAAUCGUGACCUAGCCCACGACCGGUCGCGAGCUUGGUGAAGACAUGACCUAAAAGUGUCUUGAACAUCAUAGUCAAGCAUUCAGACCUUUUUCGGGUAAUUUUGGGCAACCACCUUGACCUUGGUCACGGCCUAGAUCGCAAGCUUGGUCAUGCCUAUCCUACACUGUGAAUGAACACAAAGUAACCCCUUUGACCAGCUAGUCAGCCACUUUUGCAACAUUGGAUAUAAAUAUUGACCCGAUACCCCAUGUGCUCCAAAUGAAAGGUUGCGGAUUUUUGUCUAGUAUAAUAUAGCCGAUUUGAAAGUCGUCGCUUUGAGGCUAAAAUGGUCUAACAGAAAGAUAUCGGGGCUUCUUAACUAAGAAAUGACAUCUGUCGUAUUUUAGGAUCAAUGCUGUUUCGCUCCCCAGCCAAUAUUUUCGGAGACAAGGUGAUCAACAUGUUGGUGGAUCUGAUAAUGCAAGUGGACUCGUUAGAAGACGACGAAUCCCGGAUCAACAGCUCAUUCUAG